UAAAAAAUUCUACAUUCAUUAUAAUAAAGUGAGCCAAUGAAUUAUCAUUUUUUAAUGCAAGCGUGAAUUCUUUUUUAUAUUAUUAGACAAAAACUCUAACCCGCUCAGAUUAUCACAUUUUAGGCUUCUCAAUUACAGUGGAACCUCCCUUAGAAUGAAGAGAUUAUCUGUCCAAUUGUAAGUAAGUACAUGUAUGUGCAUGUAAAGCUCAUCUUCAUUUCAGAAAAUGAUAUCGACAGUAUGGAAAUUUUGAAGACACUGGACGAGGGCGAUAUGAAGGAAUUGGGUAUUACAUCAUUUGGCAAAAGAAGGAAAUUAGCAAUUUUUAUAAAGACACAUCAGAAACCAGACAAUCCACCAACUGACAUGAGUGAGGGACCCGUAAAUGCUGAAGUGGAUGGUGCCACAGGAUUGAUCUAUUAUGCGGUAACUCCUGAUGAUAACACAAACAGUGGGACAUUUGACUCAUUGGCAACUACAUCUACGAGCGGGACGAAUACGACAUCAUUAAAACGCAAGUCAAAUCUCAAGCCAGAAUUUUCACUCAGAGAAGCAGUUCAGCGUACCCGGGGGAAAAAGGUCAUUGAAGACCUUGAGAAAGAUGUCGUAAAUAAUCAAACCCGGACCAUCUUAAUUCAAGUUGCAGUGCAAGAAUUAGUUGAUCAAAGAGGCCCAUACCCAACUGCUAAUGAAAAAACUGCACUGGCAGUAGCAAUUAUUGACCAGUUCCCAAAACUGAAGGCAAAUGUUGCAGGUUCUAAUGGAUACGAACACCUAUACAAUAAUGGUCAUGGCUUUAUAGAGUACCGUCUAAAAACCAUCCGCAAGUCCCUAAACUCCUCAGAAAAGAAAUAUAAAAUCAAAACUGAAACUGAAAGAGCACCAACAAAGAAACUGGCAGCCCCCAAAACAACAACCGAAACGACACCCGCACCAGAACCAGUACUGUCACUGGAUCAGAUGGAGAAGUUUGACUGGAUGAAAUACACUCCCCCCACCAGGGAAAAUGAGGAAAGUAUCAAGGAAGUGUUUAAAGAGACCUAUGAAGACAGAAGGAGAAUGGUCAGCAAUCUGACACCUGCUGCUGUGAUGGACCGGCUGCCAAGACUGCUUGAUAUGCCUGAGCUGAUCAAUAUGGAAUUUAACAUGAUGUUUCCCGCAAAACCGAAUGAUGCUUUCAUAAGAAAGAUGGGCACCAACUACACGCCGAAAAUAAUCUCUUAUGCUCAAGCAUUAGCAAAGAAGCCGAUGGCAGAUCUGCUUGCCACUUAUAAAGAUGGUGAUCAAAGCUUGUGUGCCUUGCUUUUACUGGUGCAAGUAUUUCCACCCAACAAUUCACAAAACAAGCGAAAGGCUAUGAAGGGCGAGGUGGUUUCGAAUGAAACAUGCAGCAGAGCAGAUGCGGAUAGCUAUCUCAUCCAGUUCUUCCCAGUUAGCAGCGACAUAGACGUAUUGGCCAAGCAGAUUGAUGCAACCAAGUACACACAGCCAAUCAUAAUUGGCAUUGGACCAAGAAUUAGACCGGUCCAGUACUUCAUAGUGGUUGACUUCCAGCCAAUUCAAGCGGGGUCAACCAUUAUUGAAGCAUUUGACAUGCUUUUUAAAGUGCAUUACGUCUUUGACGUUCAUUUCGCGCCCCAACUUGAUAACUUCUAUGGUCUUUUUCAGACAGUUACCUAUGCUGUGGUGGCAAAACCAAUGAAGCCACAGCUGCUUUCGGCAGUUAGUGCCAUUGGUCUCCAGUAGACCCAUAUCUAUUUACAGUUGUGCUCAUGAGUAUUCAUAUCCCUGUUUAUUUUACCUUAUUCCUAUGGUGAGCCGAUUUCGGCUUUCACUACAUGGCAUAUCAUCUAACAGUGUUUAUAUCUCGAAUUUACCAAAAGCUUUUCGAAGUAUUUCAAAUUAUCGUGAAAAUAUCAAAAUAUCAAAUAUCAUGAAAAUCCUACUUUUUAAAAAUUCAAUGAUAUUUGUGAAAAAUUGCUGGGCACUGAAAGUAUGUGUCUCCUUAGAUGGAUAUUGAAGGAUGUUUUUAUAAAUCUUGCCUCAUCUUGCCUCAUGAUAUUUGACCCUCAGUGAGCAUAUCGACCCUUAAUAAAACACGAAUAAAGCUCUUAUUUGUGGAUUUUUUUGGGUGAAAAUGACAUGAUCUGCUUUUGAAAUUGAAAUCAGUCCAAAAUGGAUUGGACUGAUUUCAAUCUUCUUCCUGACUGUAUUAUACAAUGUGCAUUAUCAGGAUUAUACAGGAUAUAAUCUAAUGAAAUUAAGAAUAAUCCGAAGAUCUAGUAUUGUCAAAUCGUAUUUUUUGUAAAUUGAAUACCAGAGGAUGAUCAUAGGCCGCAUUGUUAUACAACGGAUUGCAUUGAAAAUUGAUAUUUAUUGUUCAGCAAUUUCAAGCGCCUGGGGAAUCUGAUGACGGUUUACGAUUUGGUCUUAGUCUCGGACAAUACAUGUAUAUAUAAAUGAUGUUAGGCAAAUUUCUGUAGUACAUUGCAGGUUUUGUGUUAUGAAUUCUGGUGUUGUUCAAUUUGAUAAAAUAAGUACUUCUAUACGGUGUGUAAGGAACACAAUGGAUUAUAAAUCUUAUAUAUUAUAUAUCUUUAUAAUACCUCCAUGGGAACACUAAGGUGUUACUUAAAUGAUGGUGUUGUCUGAAUGUUAACUGAAUUAUGGCGCCAGCUAUUUCGGGGCUGAGUUGAUGUUAUUAAGUAUACUAAUACUAGUAUUCAGUGACGAGGAACAUUUCGACCUAAUGCUAAAAUGAAAAAAAUGAAAACUAUGAGGUUUCAUGGCAUCAGGAUCAGCUCCAUGUUGAAUUUUCAGAAUGUCCAUUUUCUCGUCUUUCCUAGCAUGUACGAUAAAUGAAUCGAUCAUGUAUAUCUCUCUCGUUGCACACCACGGUUUUCUAAAACUUCAAUAAAAAAGUCAUAACGUU